AUGAAUCCAUUUCAAAAUAUGGCCCUCUCUUCAGAAGGCGAAUUGGUAAUGGAUUUUGAAGCAGAUUUCAGUAGUAGUGGCAGCGAAUCUUCAUCUCUGUAUAAUUCAGACUCUGGAGUUAGUGUAACAACACCCCCAUCAUGUAGCACAUGGUCAGCUUGGGAUCCUGAGCAUCCAGAUGAUACAGAGGACAUAUACUUCGACCUUACUCCUUUUUAUCAAGCACAUUCCUUUACUGUAAUUCAAGCCAUUCACUGUCUCUCCGAUAAAGAUAUUGAUAUCGUCCUUAACGCAUCUACGUAUUUGUUUCACUUAUGCAAAAAUGGAUAUGCACCUUUCAUCAGUCAGAUAUGUCCGGAUAUUCUAUUAAACAUAAAAAUUCCAGUGUUUUGUCCUUCCUCCAGCAAGUAUGUAGAUGUUAUUCAUUGUAUGAGUGGUAUAAUAAACUACUUUUCACAAUGUCCAGAAGGAAUAAAUAUGAUACUGCAUAGAGGAGGACUUGAUAUCAUAAAUGGACUACUCCUUUUUCCGUUUGAAUCAGUGUUAUAUUUUUGUGUCACCGCUUUACAUAAUGUGCUACUAAGUCAUGAAUCAGCCAAAAGUUUUAUUCAUCGGACAUGCAUUUCAAACCGCUUAAUUAAUCUUCUAAAUUAUUCCGUGGAGCACAGUGGGUUGGAUAUGUCAAGCUUGCGGAAGUCAUCCAUAAACUCCGAGAAAAGCAUCAACCCGAAAUUUUCAGCAGUUCUUUGUGACUGUUUGUAUAUAUUGGCAUAUGGACAUGAAAGUACUAAACGAUCUUUCAAGGAACAAGGGGGGUUAUCUUCUCUUCUAACACUAAUCACAGUGUCAACUUAUGAAAAGGUUUUGUGGACAGCUACUAGACUUCUUCGGGUUCUGUCUGCCUGGAUUCCGGUUAAGUGUGAAAUAAUAGCUCAAGACCCUUUCCUAUGUUUCUUCUCGCAUUGUUUAGGAUGCCAGUCGUCACGUGUAGUUGCAAAUGUACUUUGGACGAUGAGGAACCUUUCUGAUAUUGCUGUAGAUAAAAUUACUUCGGAUGUAUCUGUUAAUAUUGUGAGGCAAUUACUUUCUCUACUGAAAUCCAGUACCUAUGGUGACAGUUGCGUAAAGCAUUAUUCUUUCAAUAAUCGAGAUGACUGCUCCGUUUUCCGGUGCAUUCUCGGAACAUUAGCCAAUUUAACAUGUAGAAAUAAUGCUGCAAAGUGCUAUGUUGUCCGACACAAUGGAAUUGAUCUGAUCCUACAAAUUUUAUAUGCUGAAAUACGUGGACAAAAAAAUUAUUAUCAUACAAUGUGUGAAACUCUUAGUCAAGCAUUAUUAAAUAUGUCUAUCCAAUGUAAAACUGAUGGUGAUGGAGUAGUAACAGCGGCGUCUUCUUCAACCGCUUCCCUGACAACGAAAACAUCAUCGAUCCCAACAACACCAACUAGUGAGAUCAAUAAUAGCCAUCAUAAUAAUAAUUCAUGCCAUAAAUUAUUAAUUUCUCCUUUAGAUUCAAUUUUUACAAUGAAAAAACAUUAUUCAUUAAAACAAAACAGCGAAUUAUAUCAUUUACAUGAUAAUAAAUUAAAUAAUAGUAAUAAUAAUAAUAAUUUAUUGAAUACAACACCAAUAUUGAAUGCAACAUUAGAUUUAAUUGAAGCGGGUAUUCGUUGUUUAUCACAUUUAACUGUUGGACAUAGUGAAUUAUUCAAUGUGUUCAAUUAUUUUAUUCAUCAACGUUUUGCAUCAAAAUUAAUCAUAUCAAUGGGUAGUAUAUACUUGCCAUCAUUAUUAUCAUUUCCAUUUGAUCAACAUAUUGAUUUAUGCAGAAAAGAAGAGACUACCACUUCUAAUACUACUACUAAUAAUAAUAAUAAUAGUAGUAGUAAUAAUAAUACUUGGGAAUUCGAUUGUUUAACACAAAUUCUUCAGUUAACUAAAACAUGGAGUAUUCUAGUACGAAAUAUUUGUGUGAAUACAUCGUUGUCGUCAUCAACAUCCUCAUCAUUGAGAAUAAAUCGCAAUGCUGAAGUAGUGUCUAAUGAUGGAAUUAAUUCGAAUUUAUGUUGGCCUAAGCAUUUACGUUCACAACUUCGACAUGGAGUACAUAAAUUAGUGCAAAAUUUAAGACAUUUAAUGAAUUCGCUACCUCGAGAUUGUCAACCGAAAGAGCUGAAAACCACCAUGGAUAUUGUUCAUAAUUUAUCGAUUACGCUGAGUAAUUCUAAUGGCAAUAAUCAUAAUAAUAACAGUAACAACAAUAAUAUUUACACCACCUAA